AUGGGCACCAUGGUCGGGAGCAAGGCCUCCGGCAUCGGCGUGGCCCCCGGCGCCAAGUGGAUCUCGGCCAAGGGCUGCAAGGACAAGAACUGCAAGACCUACGGCCUGACCAAGGCCGCCGAGUGGAUGGUCUGCCCGUAUGCCGACAACCUGCCCCCCCGGUGCGACCUCGGGGCCGACAUCAUCAACAACAGCUGGGGCGGCACCCACGGGUUCGAUCCGUUCUUCGCGCUGCAGGUCCGGGCCUUCCUCGAGGCGGACAUCGUGCCCAUCUUCUCCAGCGGCAAUUCCGGGCCCCUGUGCGGGACAACCGGCUCGCCGGGCGACCAGAUCCUGACCCUGUCGGUCGGGGCCACCGACAGCCGCGACGCCCUGGCGGACUUCAGCGCCCGCGGCCCCGGGCCCCGGGCGUCCGGCUUCGACCGGCUCAAGCCCAAUGUCGUGGCCCCCGGGGUGGCCAUCCGGUCGGCGUACUCCACCCGCGGGGGGCUGCUGAACAAUCGCUUUGCCGCCAUCUCCGGCACGUCGAUGGCGGCCCCGGCGGUGGCCGGCGUGGCGGCCCUCGUGCGCUCCGUCAACCCGGCCCUGCGCGUGGAGGACAUCUACCGCCUGCUCGAGGACACGGCCGUCCGGUCGACCAUCACCGCCCCGGCGCCCUCCCGGCUGGGGACCAACUCUUGCGACGGCGUGCACUGGGUCGACUUCCCGAACUACCACUAUGGCUAUGGCCGGGUGGAUGCCCUGGCCGCGGUGCGGGCGGCCCAGCGCCGGCUCCGGACCUCCGGCGGCGCGUGA